UGAGACCGAGAGAGCGCUGUUGCUACUAAUAGUGUGCAACAUUGCUCUUCCGUCUCACGGAUGGAUAUUUGCCAGCUUAGGUCAAUUUUUUUCCGGAGUGACGUCACUGAUGACCAAGGGUUCUAUAAAGGCUCCUUGCUGAUGGCGCACUCUCUCUGCAGACGGACGUGUGAGAAGGAUAGUGUGAACCCGGCUUGACUUAAUAUCUUGAUGGAGGAUAUGGCAUUUGCAGAUUAUGACUAUGAAUUUGCUCAAGAUGAAGAGGGUGAGGACUAUUUAGAUUACUAUGAUGAGGAUGUAUAUGAGCUUCCAGUUGGAGAAUCUUGGGAGGAGGAGGAAGAAGAAACAAAUAUGUCAACUGGAGCUUCCAUGUCAGAGCUGUAUGAAUACUGUGUUGUGCCCACUGUGUCAGACUCUUCACAACACUUGUACAGCCUUUUGGCAUGGUCACUCAUCUUCUUACUUACAACCAGGAUAGUGCGGCCGCCAGCUUGGCUUGUGCACCUGAUGUCUGCCACGUGUGGGGGUAUUGUGACCUGGGGAAUGUUUGGCCACCGCUGCAGCUAUAUGGUCUGUCUCCUGGCCGUUGGGGGACUUGUCCUCUCACUGUCUCAUUUUGUACUUAAGUCUCGCCGGGGUCCCUUCACCUGUGUGUCAUGUGUGGCCUUCCUCAUUGCUUGUGAGCUCUGGUUGGCUGAUCCGGUUGACUGGCACAGCAUUCGAGGCCCACAGAUGAUCAUUCUCAUGAAGGUAGUAUCUGUUGGAUUCGAUCUAGACUCAUCAUCUCUGUCUAGACUGCCCAAUAUCUUGGAGAUGGUUGGGUACAUCUUAAAUCCUGGCACAGUGAUAUUUGGCCCUUGGAUAUCUUUUUCAUCAUACAAGAGGGUCCUCCAGCCAUUUUCCUGGAACCUGAGGCUGGUAUUGGGAGUAAUCAUCCACCUUAUUACUUGUAUGAUUUUCCUCCUCCUCUCCACCUGCUUUGCAUUGUGGAUGGUGCCUGAUUCAAUCAAUAAAUGGGCACAAGCAUUCAGAGAUGCAUUUUCCUUCCGAUCUAGUCAUUACUUUGUGUCGUAUUUAAGUGUGACUUCUGCCCAGCUGUCUGGGCUGGAUAUCAGAGAGGUAGCCAGACCAGCUUAUAUUGAAAUUCCUCGUUCAUUAGUGGAAGUGGUCGUGUACUGGAACAUGCCUAUGCACUACUGGCUAAAAACCUAUAUUUUCAAAACUGCAAGAAACUGGUUUGGAAUAUUCUGGGCAAUACUCUUCACCUACAGUAUGUCAUCUCUCUUCCAUGGACUCAACUUCCAGCUGGCAGCAGUGCUUUUGUCACUUGGGUUUUAUACUUAUGUAGAGCACUCAUUAAGGGUCAAGCUGGCCAGCAUUUUUGAUGCUUGUGUUCUUGCUAGACCAUGUCCAGAAAAGUGUCAUCACCAGUAUAAGAAAUGGUCAUGGAUUGGAAUUUUCAUCAACAUUUCCUUCUCUGUGUUGGCAAUGGUGCACCUUGCCUACUUGGGCAUCAUGUUUGACUCCAACUCCCAAGAGCAAGAGACAGGCUACAGUCUGAGUCAUACACUCAGUAAAUGGGCAAGUUUAAGUUAUUCAAGUCACUGGAUUAUAUUUGUAUGCUACAUCAUGUAUAUUUUAAUAUAAUAUCUCAAAAUAUUUUUAAUUAUAUAUUUUAUAUGCAAUUUUAUAAUUUGCCAUGCAAAAAUCUUAUUAACUUUAAUUCUUGUUAUUAAAUUAUCUGGAGUUUUGUGUAUAACUUUAGCCAAAUUGAAAAAAAAAUACUUAAAAGAAAUAGUAUUCUGUUAAAAUUUCAUAUCCCCUUACAAUUUUUUUGCAUUUGUGCAUUUUAUGCUUUUUUCGUGAUAUUGGAUUCCUAUACUAUGCCUUUUUUUGCAGAUGCCAUUUGUAUUAAAUUCAGUAAUUAUUUUCUUGUUGAUGCAAAACAAUAGUGUAUUGUUUAGCAAAAAAAAAGAAAAAACAAGGAAUUAUCACUUACUGUGGUAUCCUCUCCGUAAUGUCCAAUAAGAGACUUCUUAACAUUUUUGAACUGCAAUCUGUUCCUUGAUCCAUUGAAGGCCUUUUAAGUCCUCAAAUUAAUUUUUGCUCAAAGAUAGAAAUGUUUCAUCAGCUUUAUUCACAUAAGUUAUAGUAUUUCCUGCCAUUAUUUAAAAAUGUAGAAAGUAUACACAAUUGACAAAUUGAUCCAAAUAUAAAUAUCAAAGGAAGAAAUUGAUUUGACAUAUAGAUGAAAUUAUUAGCAUAUUAGAUAUAUUGUUUCAUAUAAAUACAGUGGAACCUCAGUUCUCAAACUUAAUUCCUUAUGGAAUGCUGUUCGAAAUCCAAAAUAUACAGAAACCGAAACUAUUUUCCCAAUAGGAAUCAAUGUAAAAUGGAUUAAUUGUCUUAGUGGCUUAUGACAGAUGCUUCUUCAGCCAAGAUGGCCGCUCCACAACAUCUCCAGCUCAGAAUUAUUUUUCCAGAAAGGAUGUAUUGAAUGAACUUAGCGACAUGGAACUUAUCUGAUGUUGUUGUUUAGACUGUGCAGGUAUUCUCUUUGUCACCAAUCUACAGAGUAACACAGAGAGGAGUAAUCCACUUAUUGUCAAAUUGAAGAUGAUCUGAGAAAAGCUACUGGGAAAAUGUAGUUGUGUAGUAGUGAUGGUGUUGUGGGUCAUUGAGAGAGCCACAGGUGGCUCGGGAUUAUUUAGUCUUAUGAUUCCUUUCUUCUAACUGACUGUCUUCAGCUUCUUUCUCAUUGCCACAGUGUUGCAUCUCCUGCUGUCUUCUACCACUAUUUUCAUGCUAACUGCUCUUCUGAUCUUGCUAUCUGCAUACCUCCCUUCCUCUUAUACCCAUAUUGCACAAGACUUUUCUUCUUUCUCUCAUCCCUUAUCUGUCCACCUCUCUAAUGCAAGAGUUAACCAGUACUCUUAAUCAUUCAUCCCUUUCUCUGGUAAACUGUGGAACUACCUGUCUCCUGUAUUUCCUCCUUCCUAUGACUUGAACUAUUUCAAGAGGAAGGUUUCAAGACACUUAUCCUUCAAUUUUUUAUGAUUCUCUUGACAUUUCUUUUGGGAUUGUCACCUCAGUGGGAUUUUUUCUUUUUAUUGUUUCCCUUGACCAAUGACCCUCUUAAAAAAAUAAAUAAAUAAAUAAAUAAAAAAAGGCCCUGGGUUAAAUAAGCCCCAUCCACUUAGAUGACAUCAUGGCCUGCCACUAAUCAUGUUGUUUCCUUCUGAGAGCAGACACCAAAUUGUGCAUCAUAACUUUGAAAACAUAUGUCUGCAAUUAUAUACUUACCCUAACCAUCUGGUUAUGCAUCCAAUAAUGAUUUGUAACACAAAAAUACAAUCAUCCUUCCAUAUUGAGCACUUACAGAUUGCACUUUUUCUACAACACAUUUAAAUUUUAACUUCCAUCCAUACUGCACACCUGCCUUCUAGAUCACACACCCAAGCCAAGCCCACACACACACACACACACACACACACACACACACACACACACACACACAUCUCAUGUACACACUAGCCCUGCAUGUGGGAGUGAUGCUUUUUUGGAAAUGGGAGAAACAGUAUGCAUAGAAGUUCAUUUGAUAACUAAAAGAGGGAGGUGGACAACUUUGAUAAGUUGACUCACCCUCCACCUCUUUCCACCCUCCCUGAAUAGCUAAUUAAGUUUUACAUUACAUAACAGUCAAUUCAUUAAAAAAUUAUGGUUUGCUGUUGUCCAAGAUGUGUAAGAAUAUGAAGAGAUAUUAAUGAAAUUAUGACUUCAUUUGUAUCAUCCACAUUAUUUUUGAUAUUCUUAUCAUGACACAUUGUCCUGCAUUCAGAAAUAUAGAUUUAUAACUUAGUCAUGAAUUGCACAAAAAAUAAAACUGUGGUCAAGAAUUUCAGUGUGUGAUGUACUAUAUAUUUAUUUUGUGAUGCACAGCUUCUAGUUAAAUAAAUAAGUACAUAUAUUUCAUAACCAAAAAUGCAUUCUGAGUAAAUUCAACAGUAUUUAUUAAGUGACAGGUGAACAUGAACUUCACUAACAUUCAACAAGGUAAAAUUUCUAACUAUAGUGCUGCACCAUGUGUUGCUAUUAAGUGAUCCUGCAAAAAGUUAUAAAAUUAUUUUCUAUCAAGUUGUGAUACUGAUCCAAUGGCAAAAGUCAAAGGCUGAGUUCACAUGUUGGUCUUAAGAUGGAGUGCAUCAUCAGUGACAUCACUCCAUCAACAGGAUAAUUAACUGGAGUUGCCAAAUAUCCUUCCAUGAGAUGGGAGAGUGCUGUUGCCCCAUAAAUACUAGCAACAGUUCUCUCCCAUCUCAUGGAAGGAUAUUUGGCAGUUCCAAUCAGUUUUCAAUCAACAGUGACAUCACUGGUGAUGAACACGUCAAAUGGGUAGUGUGUAACUGUUUCUGGGUUCAUCCAAAAACUUGUCCAAACAGCUUUUUCACUCCUGAGAUGACACACUUUUUUCUUUCAAAAUAUCCAGAAAACAUCUAAGAUAUUUUUAAGACUCGGGAGCUAAAAAGUCAUACUGGUCUUUCACUCAAUAUUGCAGCAAUACUUCUUUGGUACUGGUAGUUUUGAUACCAUAAUGAAUCACCAAGAUUCUUAGCAUCUUGAUUUUCAAAUAUGUUCUGAAUUAGAUGUGAAAAUAAUAUCCAAAUUUCAUGGCAAGAAAACGGUAACUGAUAUUUUUUUUGUUUAAUUUAGUUAAUAUAUAAAUGAUGGUAAAACUACUUUUCAUUAGCUGGACAUACAGGUGUGCUGUCAUGGUCAAAGCCAGAGCUUGUCUUGAUAUUACAUACACAGUCAUAAAAGGAAUUAAACUUCUGAGCACUGAAAAUAAUUUAGUAAUAUCUUGAUAAUGCAACCAUUCUUACACUACACCAAGACUGUUCUUGAGCUUCCUUGAUACUGUGCACUGCUUCAUUGAAUCAACUUCAUUGUUUAUUUGCCCACAGAAAUAGUGUAGUUCUUUUCACAAAGUGGUCAAUUCAGGAUAUAAUAUUAAGAAACCACAUGCACAACUGGAUUUCUGAACACAAAAAUCAAUUUACACUAUAAUCAAGCCAUCAAUUAAUGAAUAACCAGACAUCCGGGAUUCCUAACGGAAUGGUCACACCAGGAUCCUAAAAGGAUAAAGGAUGUAGCUAAACACCACAAGAAAGAUAGUUGGAAACAUACCCAGAUGAAAGUGACAACAGGAAGUCCAGACAUUAAAACUUUUUUCACAAUUAUAUUAACAACAGGUGGAGUCAACCGUUUCAUUACCAUGAUUUUUACAUCAAGCUCAAAAGCCAAGCCAUGUGCACAGUUAUCUAACAUCAAGCUCCAGCUUUAACUAUAAAAACAGGCCCCUAUUUCCAUAUGAUGAAAAGUAAGCAAUUCAUACAAAUGAUGAAAAUAACCAUGUCAGCUACCCAUCAACAUUCUUGUUAUGUAAAAUUUUAAUAUUUUCAAGUUAAAGUCUGUUUGCUAUGAUGCACAAACUGAGAUGUAGUGAAAUUUAAUGCAAGAUGUUAGGCAUUUAGAUCUUAAAAAGUAUUUCAUAUCACAAGAAAGUAUUAUGCUUUAUUAUGAUUAUGAGUUUUGCUAAUAUGGCCCACCCUUAGUUAAAUCAAUACCUUCAAUACUGCACAACUGUUGUGUGUUUUAGUGUGGUAUAAUAAGAGGAUUUUUCUUAACCUCAAAUACACAAUUAUUCUGUUGUAACCUAGGGUGGUCUCUGGUAACAAAAGAUUUAUUCUAAGCUUAUUUAUAAUAACCAAUAAUUAAUAGAGCUUGAGAUGCCCAGUCACCUGGUCUAUCAAGUCAAUUGGGCCAGGUCCAAUACCCACUACUGUUCGGGACCCAGGUGCUAUCUGGGUACGGCCAGCAUCCUGGAUGACACUCACUGUCAAACCAGCCUCCCGGGCCAGUGCUGAUAGGUCCAUUAGAGAAGCUUCAUCAUCUAUUUUUACAACAACCUGCAUCAAAUUGAAAGAAUGAAAAGUUAAUUACGGUUCUUUUCUUAAUAACAAUGCUGUAAGGUAAAUUAGAAUGUAAUGUUAUAUGUUUAACAUUUAGAACAAGUCCUAACUCAGACCUUGUCCAAGAUACAUUACUUACAUAGGAUUGGGUACAAAGUGGAAUUAGACUUAGGAUACCAUCUCAUCUAUGCCUCAGAAACACUAAACAUGGCUAAAGCAAAAGUAGUGAUGUCUCCCAAAAUUUCUCCAAUGAAUGAAGAGGUGUACUAAAUGAAUCAAGUAAUAUCACCAAGAUGGAGAAGGGCUUUCAGUUAUAACCGUUUUGAUGUAGAUGCCUACUGCAAGAAGCACAGUAAUCUCCCCUGUGCUGAAAGUGAUUACAUCUUGUUACCUUGCUACAGUCACAGGUUAAAUGUAGUCUUAUAAAGGAAAUUGUUGCACACUACAAAUCCCAAUGCUCAACACCACACAGUCUUAUUUUGCUGUGUCAGCCUUAUAGAUUAUUAAUAUACAGGUGCAGAGUGGGACUGUGGGAUUGCAGUAGGUGAGAUAGAGCUGAAAUUGCACUUUCAGCUGAGUUCUCUGGAGGUGGUGGAGUAGGUGUGGAUGAUGGUGAUUUGUCCUACAUCUUGCAAUGUCUUCAACACAUUUUUCUUAGGCCAAUUCUUUUAUGUAGAUAAUUGCUGUCACAUUUAGGAUAGUUCACAUAUUUUGAAACAAAAGCCUAGUAUAAUAAUUUCUUGUAUUUAUGAAGGGAAAAUUAAAUUUCUAACCUAUGAAAA